AUGACUUCGACUCUAUCUCCCUCUAAAGCCCUCUACAUCGGGAUGGAGGUGGUGAUCGCCGUGUCCUCUGUCAUCGGUAACGUGAUGGUGGUCUGGGCUGUGCGUAUUAACCGGUCUCUGAGGGACACCACGUUUUGUUUCAUCGUCUCACUGGCCUUGGCUGACAUUGCGGUCGGGGCUCUUGUCAUCCCGCUCGCUAUAACCAUCAGCAUCGGACUCAAGACGCACUUCUACAGUUGCUUGCUGGUCGCCUGCACAGUGCUUGUCCUCACACAAAGUUCCAUCCUGGCGCUGCUGGCCAUCGCCAUCGACCGCUAUCUGAGAGUCAAAAUACCCAUGAGCUACAAACGGGUGGUGACCCCCCGGCGAGCUGGCACGGCUGUGUUGCUGUGUUGGCUUGUGUCCAUCAUAGUGGGCCUCACGCCCAUGUUGGGCUGGAAUAACCUGCAGCGUCUCCGUGACAAUGGUUCCCUGCUCACUGAUGACCUCGUGGUGAUCUGCGAGUUUGAGACGGUCAUCAGCAUGGACUACAUGGUCUACUUCAACUUCUUUGGCUGGGUGCUGCCUCCUCUGCUCCUUAUGCUUGCCAUCUAUGUUGAGAUUUUCUACAUGAUCCACAAGCAGCUCAAUAAGAAGGUGACAGCUAGCCAUGCAGACCCCAGUCGUUACUUUGGUAAGGAGCUCAAGUUGGCAAAAUCCCUCGCCCUCGUUCUUUUCCUCUUCGCAGUCAGCUGGCUUCCCCUUCACAUCCUGAAUUGCAUCACCCUCUUUUGCCCUGCCUGCGACAAGCCAGUGUUCCUCAUUUACAUCGCCAUCAUCCUCACCCAUGGCAACUCGGCUGUCAAUCCCAUCGUUUACGCUUUCCGCAUCAAGAAAUUCCGCACAGCUUUCCGGAAAAUCUGGAAACUGUACGUGCUUUGUCAGGAUCCAGUUGGUCGGCUUCCUCAAAGAGGUAGCCAGAGAGGACAGAGUCACGAGAGGAGGCUGAGGCAGAAUGAUGACGACGACGAUGACGUGUGA